AUGUCAGGUCUGGAAUGCGGGCUGGUGCCCCUAUGCGGCCUGUGCGUCCAGCCUGCCUUUGCUGUUGUACUGGCUGCUCCUGUGCCUGGUCCCUCUGUGCCUCCUCCCUUGUCGUCUCUGCCUCUCUAUCCUCUCCCCCACCCACCUGCCUCCUCCCAUCCCCUCUCCCCAACCCCAAACCCCCCAGCACCCUCGCCCUAUCCCCCUCUUCCAUACCCUCCCCUCCUAACCCCUGCGCUCCCGCAGUCGUGUUCCCCGCCACCUCCUCUCUCCCUCUCUCCCCGAACCAGCCCGCACCCAAGGGCUGGGUCGCCCCCUGGACCCGGAGCCCGACCUGCCCUUGCUGGCCAUCCCGCUGCUGCCCCUGCUGUCCCCUCUCCUCUACCCCACUCACCGGCCUCUCCUGCCCCUGCUGAACCUCCUGUUGCUGGCUGUGCUCCUGGCCCCGUUGACCCUCCUGCUGUCGCCCCUAUUGACCUUCCUGCUGCUGCCCCUGCUGACCCUCUUGCUGCUGCUCUUGCUGCCCUCUCUCCUCUCCCAUACUGGCCUGCCCCUCCUGCCCCUGCUGGCCCUCCUGCUGUCGUCGCUGCUGUUGCUGUCUCCUCAACUCCUCCAAGCCAGGCUGCCCCUGCUGACCCUCACGCCGCUCCCCAUGCUGACCCUCCUGCUGCCGCCCCUGUUGACCCUGCUGACCUUCCUGGUGCUGCCGCUGUUGCCCUCUCUCCUCUCCCCUACAAACCUGCUGCCGCUGCCCCUGCUGGCCCUGCUGCCGCUGCGACUGCGGCUGCUGCUGCUGCUGCUCCUGCUGCUGCUGCUGCUGUCCACUCUCCUCUCCCCCACUAG